CAUAAAGUGGUGGUGAAAGGGAAGAAAUUAGAUCCUCUAAAUGUGGCUAAGAGACUAAGGAAAAAAAGUGGUAAACAGGUGGAAUUAAUUUCUCCAAUUCCAUCUAAGAAGAAAGAAGAAGAGAAGAAGGAGAAAAAACAAGAGCCUAAGAUUAUUGAAGUGAUUUUGAAACUAUAUUUACAUUGUGAAGGAUGUGCUAAAGAUGUCAAGCAAUGCAUUCACAAAAUGCCAGGGGUUCAAACAGUGGAUCCAGAAAUGAAGAACAAUAUUGUGAAAGUGAAAGGAUCAAUGGAUCCACAAAAACUAGUAGAAUUCAUCAACAAAAAAACAGGAAGACAUGCUGAAAUUAUUAAGAAGAUUGACAAAGAGAAAAAUGAAAAAACAUUAUGUGAUAAAAAUUCAUGUGAUAUUAAAAAAUGUUGCAAUAAUUGCCAACAUGAUUAUCUUCAAUUUGUUUAUGCUCCUCAAAUUUUUAGCGAUGAGAAUCCUAAUUCUUGCUCAAUUAUGUGA